UCUUUAUCUCCGUGCGUGUAAGUUGUAACCGAAGAGUGAAGGCACCAAAAGCAACAACAGUAACGGUUGUGCGCGAUGAGGUGCGAAACACACCACUUUCCAAAACAACUUGCUACUACACCACCCCUAUUCCUACAGUUACACCCCCUCAAUUCACUCCUCAAUUUCACACACUACUUCGGUUCCUCUUUCUCUUUCUCUUCUUCUUCUUCUUCUUCUUAAGUCUCAUAUGGCAUGUUUAACUCACAACAACAACAACAACAACAACAAUCACUACCAUAAUUGGCUCCGCAACAUGGUCACCGAACAACGAUCCUCUUUCUAUCGCCUCGAAAAAGUUUUCCCUGUUUAUGCAAUGGGAUUACCCGACCCGGAUCCAGAUUUCGUCUUAAACGGUUCUGACCCGAUUUGGGAUGCUGUUAAACAAGAAGCUAAGCUUGAGGCAGAAAAGGAACCGAUAUUGAGUAGCUUCUUGUAUGCGAGUGUUUUAUCGCAUGAAUGUUUGGAGCAAGCACUUGCUUUUGUUGUUGCUAACCGUCUUCAAAGCCCAACUCUUUUGGCCACUGAAUUGAUGGAUAUAAUUUCCAAUGUUAUCAUGCAUGACAAAGCUAUUCAGCGAUCCAUUCGCCUUGAUGUUCAGGCAUUUAAGGAUCGGGACCCUGCAUGUUUGUCAUAUUGCUCAGCCAUUUUGUAUAUGAAGGGUUUCCAUUGUCUGCAAACAUAUCGAGUAGCGCAUGCAUUAUGGCACCAGGGACGCAAAGUCUUGGCCUUGGCCUUUCAAAGCCGCGUUAGCGAGGUUUUCGGAGUUGACAUUCAUCCUGCUGCGAAAAUUGGGGAGGGAAUUUUAUUAGAUCAUGGGACAGGCGUGGUUAUUGGUGAAACUGCUGUUAUUGGAAACAGAGUUUCAUUGAUGCAAGGUGUAACAUUAGGAGGCACAGGGAAGGAAACAGGUGAUCGCCAUCCAAAAGUUGGUGAAGGGGUGCUGAUUGGAGCUAGUUCAACUAUACUCGGAAAUAUUAAAAUUGGCGAUGGUGUGAUGAUCGCUGCUGGCUCCCUUGUGUUAAAAGACGCCCCUCCUCGCAGCAUUGUGGCAGGAAUACCAGCAAAAGUUAUUGGAGGUCUACGGGAGCAUGACCCAUCUUUAACCAUGAAACAUGAUGCUACAAAACCAUUUUUCUCAAAUGUAGCUGCUAACUUUAGAGAUGAAAAGAACAAUGGUGCACAGAAUCCAAAUAGAAAUGAAGUGAACAACACUUGAGAUGUUUGGUUCCCUAGAUAUAAUUUUGGAUUGAUUGACUUCAAAGGAAGGAUGCUGUUGUAGUUAAUGUCAGAAUCAUGAUCUGUUCAAAAUGAUGUAGUGGAUCUCAAAUAUCAGUAAUAAUACAUUUUACUUGCAAUUUUUGCUGCUGAGUGCAGAGGAUCUUGCACCAGUAUAGCUAAUUUCUGUAGACAAACUUAAAAGCAGAUGCUACUUGUCAUGUUCUUUUUCCUUCUAACAUCUAAAAGGUGAAGGAUAUCCCAUUUAGUAUUUGGCUCUUUAAA